AUGGACUCUGGCGAUAGUCAGAGAGACUCGCCGCUCUCAAUAACCUCCAAUAUCGCAGGCAUUUUGACCUUUGUGGUUGCCAUUGCUGCAGCAUUCUACGCUCGUCUCACAUACCUACGGAAUAGUGAUGACGAGUUCUUCCGCGUCAAGACAUCUUUGUCGUGGUAUAAGACUGAAUCCACAUGGCUGGCAGAUCUUGUAACAGCUAUCAAUGCCCAGCAUGAAGGUUUCCAUUCACAUCAGCCCGAGUAUCAGAUGUAUUCCUUUGUAAUGGACGAUCUGCUUAAUCUUGAACAGCGUCUGCUCGACAUUGUCGCUGAGACGGAGGCUAAGUCGAGCAUGAGCGACGAGGGUGAAAGCUGGACACUCAUGCCACGGGGUUGGAGCGGCCGCACAACAGUAGCCAUGGCUUGGUUACGGGUGCGAACCAAGGCUCUGGAGCUAGUCAGACAGCGGGAAGGUUUGACAGCAAGGGUGCAGUUCAUGCAAAUGAAGAUCGAAUUCAUCGGCUGGAAGACCUCGUACGACGGUGGACACAUCGUGAUCAUUCUAGUCUUUCAUGGGCCGGGACGUUGA